ACGACAACGCCAGAAUCUUCCCUUCGUUAUCGCAUAUCCAAUAUUCCAAAUUAUACAAAUCUUUAAUUCUAAUAAAACAAAUUUUAUUUCCGAAAACGACGCAAAAAAAUAGAGAAUGAUUCGUCUCCGUUUCAAUCUUCUCCGAUCCUGUAACCGUCGUCUCUUCCACCGUCUUCCUCGAGUUUUCUCCUCCUCUUCUCCGCCAACCACCGGUUCUUCCGGCCCUUCCUUGAAUCUUAUUAAACCUAAACUCACACCUUCUCCGUCGCCACACCAAUCACGAGGUCUUCUCCGGUCGAUUUACACCGUCUCGCCUUCUUCGUCCUUCUCUAAGAAAUCCGUUUUUGUUCUCUCCGCCGCCGCUUUAUCCACCGCAAUUGCGUAUUCCGCUGUUUUCCCUUCUGAUCAUGACCAAUCUGAUUGUAACCCUAGCGGAAACAGACGUAUCUACGAGUCUAUCGAGGACGCUUUUCAGAAAUCCGGUAAUUCGUUGAGGAGAGUGGUUCACCAUGCUAGACAAACCGGUGUUGCUGCCUCGGUUCUGUGGCAGUCGCUUAGGUCGGUGCUCUCUUCAGCUAAUCACGAGGUGCGUGCGGGAUUCGAGCUACGGGUGGCUGCUCUUUUAGCCGAUAUAGCGUCCGCAAAUGCUGCUCGUAGAGCCGCUCUCGUUGGAGCUGGCAGUGGUGCGGUGGUUGAUUGGUUGCUGGAGGCGGUGGCCAUUCCCGGCGACAGAAUUGGGGCACAGGACGAAGCGGCUAGGGCUCUGGCUUAUCUUAUUGCUGAUCCAACGGUCAGGAAAGACGCUCUGGGAAGGCCCGAUGCAGUGCCCAAGUUACUGAAGUUCAUAUUCUCGUGUCAACCAAAAAACAAAAAGCUUUUCUUUGGGAGCAGCAUUCAAGACGUAGUUCAUUCGAUAUUUCUGAUUCUUUGAAAGGUAGGAGCAUGCUUGUGGCUGCCAUAAUGGAUAUCGUCACUUCCAACUGUGACAUUAUAGAAAAGACACCUUUUAAGUCAUCAUUGCCAGGAAAUGCUACAAUGAGAGAUAUUGCUGCGGCAAUUCAAGUAAUUGAGGAAGGUGGUAUGUAUUUUGAUGAGCCAGAUAAAGAUGAUGACAGUGACGAUGGAAGAAGUGGGAUUAAGGGAAUUGGAAUUAAAAUCCUGGAAGGAACCACAGUUCUGGGAUUAUCAAGAACCAGUGGGCUUGCGCUGUUGGGUGACCUUAAUGCUAAUGCGGGAGAGGGGACUCCUAAAACAUUUGCAUUGCUUAGUAAACAUGAUAAUUCCUCACAAGCUAAUUUGUCAUCUGCCGUCAUUCCUGGCCUUUGGGAUGAUUUACAUUGUCAACAUGUCGCAGUGCCUUUUGCUGCGUGGGCGCUGGCAAACUGGGCAAUGGCUUCUGAUACAAAUAGAUCUCAUAUUCAAGAACUCGAUCGUGAUGGGCAAGUUGUCAUGACAGCUUUAAUGGCGCCAGAGAGGACUGUGAAGUGGCAUGGGAGUUUGGUGGCUCGGCUGUUGUUAGAGGAUCUCAAUCUUCCAUUAAGCGAUUCUGUUUCCGACUGGAGUUCCAGUUUGCUUGCCACUGUUUCACAUGCCAGUAAAACUGAGGAUAUCUCUUUGGCUCAAGUUGCGUUGUCUGCCUUUUUAGUUUCUGUUGACAGAAGUGACAACGCACAGAAGAUGGUAAUGGAGAAGGGUCUUCAUCUGAUGAGAGAUAGUGCUAGGAAAACAAGAAAACACAAAGCAGUACAAGAAGGUUUGUCAAAGGCUCUAGAAUUACUCUGUGCUGGUGACAUGCAUUUAUCUCUUGAAGAGAGUCAGAAAUGGUCCGGCAUACUACUUUCAUGGGUUCUUGGAAAAGUUGCAUCUGAUACUGUUCAAUCUUCAGCAAGAAGAAUCCUUUCACGCACUUUUGAGGACUAUGGACCACACUCUGUCCCUAUAUCUCAGGGAUGGUUAACCCUUAUAAUGAAUGAGAUUUUGAACCACAGUAAGACGUUGUCAGCUAAAGGAGCUAGCCUACCUAAAAACGAGAAACCUAAGGUAGAUCAGUCCAAAGUUACUUCUGCUACUCAGUCAACCAACCAGUUAGCAGGGGCUGUUGUUAAUCUUGCCAUGGCUCAACUGGGUACAGUCCCAGAUUCUGUCAAUAAUGUUCCACUGGCAGAUCUACUCCUUUCAGAGCCUUUUGCGGUACCGAUUAAGAAUUUAAAGAAGGAUAGCCCCCCUAAAUUUAAUGCUGCUGAGUCUGCAUUGGCAACCCUUAAGGCAAUCAAGUCACUGACGGAUGUCUGUGCUGAAGAUUCUGUAUGCCAGAACAAAAUAGUUGAUUUUGGUAUUCUUUGUUUACUAAGGCGCUUUCUGUUAAGUGAUGAUUAUGAGAAGCUAGGUGCAAUAGAAGCUUAUGAUGCAUCCAGAGCCCUAGAGGCUCGAGAGCGAACUCCAGAUAGUCUGGGUGAAUCUUCAAUCACAGAUAUUCAGGAUCCAUGUAGUGUCAGAGUCCCAGCUAGUGCGCACAUCCGAAGGCAUGCUGCUAGAUUGCUAACCAUUCUUUCGCUUCUUCCGCAAGUCCAGAAAAUCAUUUUAGCUGAUGAAACUUGGUGCAAAUGGCUUGAUGAUUGUGCAAGAGGAAAUAUUUCUGGUUGCAACGACCCUAAGACACAAAGUUAUGCGAGGGCGUCUCUGUUAAAUGUAUAUUGCAAUCAGCAAGAUGGUAGUGGAUCUGGAAACGAUGGCAGUUCCAAGCCAGACAUCUCAAACAUGAACAGUAACUGUCCUCGCUAUGGAGACAUGAUAUUUUUAAUUAAUCCCGGACUACCCCAUUGGAAGUGUCCUGAAAAAGAACAUCAAAGUGGUAAGAAUAACGAAUCCUCAAGUGAAGGUGAACCAGCAAAUGUUGCUGAUACAGACAGAGACCAUGUUGUUGAUGCUAGCAAUCUGUCUAGCUCCAUGGAUCCUUCCUGUAGUGGUUCGCGUGUACAUGAUCCUGAAUUUGAUGUUAUCUUUCUUCAUGGCUUGCGUGGCGGGCCCUUUAAAACUUGGCGAAUUUCUGAGGAUAAGUCCUCUACCAAAUCUGGCUUGGUGGAGAAGAUUGACCAGGAAGCAGGAAAGCUGGGAACAUUUUGGCCGAGUGAGUGGCUUUCAAAUGAUUUCCCUCAAGCUCGCUUGUUUACCCUUAAAUACAAGACAAACCUCACGGAAUGGUCUGGAGCUAGCUUGCCUCUUCAGGAAGUUAGUUCUAUGAUAUUGGAAAAGCUUGUCUCGGCAGGCAUUGGAGACCGACCUGUUGUUUUUGUCACUCACAGUAUGGGAGGCCUUGUCGUGAAGCAGAUUCUACACAAAGCAAAGGAAGAGAAACUUGAUAAACUAGUGAAUAACACUGCUGGAGUUGUAUUCUACAGUUGCCCACAUUUUGGCAGCAAGCUAGCAGAUAUGCCCUGGCGAAUGGGUCUUGUGUUACGCCCAGCUCCAUCUAUAGGAGAGCUACGAAGUGGUUCUCCAAGACUAGUAGAGCUCAAUGACUUGCUUCGCCAGCUCCACAAGAAAGGGGUUGUUGAAGUCCUUAGUUUCUGUGAGACAAAAGUAACCCCAAUAGUGGAAGGCUAUGGAGGAUGGGCUUUUCGGAUGGAAAUCGUGCCAAUUGAAUCAGCCUACCCAGGAUUUGGUGAACUUGUUGUGUUGGAGUCAACAGACCAUAUAAAUUCAUGUAAACCACUGAGCCGCUCGGAUCCUUCGUAUACUGAGGCGUUACAGUUCCUGCGCAAGCUCAGCGCACAGCGAUUAAAACCUCAUGUUAAACUGGAAUCUGGGAUACAUGAUUGAUUAACCACGGUUGAUGAACCAAGGAAAUUGGUUUGGGCUAAUUGACGCUAUAGUUUUUUCAUGUACAUAAGAAGAAACACGCUUAGGUUCUUUUGUUUCAUUUUACACAUUGUUUCAUUUGUAUUACUGAAAUUACACUUGAAGUAAAUAUAAAAGAUUCUCAAUUUCA